AUGGGAAAUUGUGUUUUUAAGUUCUAAGUAGAUAAUUAAGGUAAAGCAAUCAAAUAAUUUUAGCUUAGAAUAUUAUUUAAUAAGAGAAUCAAAUUAUUGAUUAAGCAAUUUCAGAACCUAAUGGGUCUCAAAAAACUCCUAUUUAACAAAAAAUAAUUUACAAAUCAACUAGUGGUCUCAUUCAAGAAAGCUCUGAAAGUUAAACUCCAAUUGUUUUUAAUUCUUAAAGUUCUAAUCGUUUAAUAAAAUAUUAAAAAGACUUAUAAGUCUCUCCAGAUUUAUUUGUUAGAAAGUAGAAAGAAGGUGAGAAAUUUUUAUUUCACUAUGAAAUAUUAAAGAAACUAGGUUAAGGAGGAUUUGGCUAGGUUUAUUAAGUUCGACAUCUUAAAACAAAUUUAAUAAGAGCAGUAAAGAUUAUUAGUAGAUCCUCAGUUGAGAGUGAAACACUAUUAUUAUAAGAAACUGAAAUACUAAAAAACUUAGAUCAUCCAAAUAUAGUGAAAAUUCUAGAAAUUUUCAAAGAUAACCAACAUUUAUAUUUAAUAACAGAAUGCUUAGAUGGUGGAGAAUUAAUAGAUAGAGUUAAGAAAAUUACAAAUUAUUCUGAAGAAAUAGCUAAAAUUUAUAUGAAACAAAUUUUGUCUGCUAUGAUAUAUUGCCAUGAGAGAAAAAUAGUACAUAGAGAUCUUAAAGUAUUUAAAUUUUGAUAUUUUGCAAGCCUGAAAAUAUUUUAUUUGAUACCUUAGAUAUUAACUCAAAUUUAAGAGUUAUUGACUUUGGAGCAAGCGAAAAAAUGAUGUCGAAAAAACUUACUACUAAAAUUGGCACUCCUUAUUUCUUAGCUCCUGAGAUUCUAAAAUCUAAUGGUUAUGAUGAAAAAGUUGAUGUGUGGUCAUGUGGUGUGAUACUAUAUAUUUUAUUAAUUGGAAAAGCUCCUUUUAGAGGCAAAAAUUAAUUUGAGACUUUGCAGCUAGUCCAAUAAGCUAAAAUUGAUUUUAAUGGUACUAUAUGAAUAAACCACUAAAAGCGUAAAUUUGGAAGAAUAUAAGUCCAGAUGCUGUAGAAUUAAUUAAGCUUAUGAUUGAAAAAGAUCCUAAGAAAAGAAUAUCUAUGAAGGAUGCAAUUAAUCAUGAAUGGAUAUAAAAUUAAUCAGUAAUAACUAUAACUUUUGAUGAAGAAUUUUUUAGAAAUAUCACUUAAUUUAAAGGGUAUAAUAAUUUAAGAGUUGCUAUAUAUUAAUUCAUUACAGUUUAAACUGUUUAAAAAGAAGUAUAUUAAAAAUGUAUAGAGACUUUUAAAAGUCUAGAUAAAAAUGGAGAUGGUGUAUUAUGUGAAGAAGAGAUACUUUAAGGAAUGGCUAUGGUUAAUAUUAGUUUAAUAUAAUCUUAAUCUAUGAUAAAAGAAAUUAUGAGCUAAAUGGACACUAAUGCAUCUGGUAAAAUUGAUUUUACUGAAUUUAUUACUGCAUCUGUAUUAUAAGAGAAACGAUUAUUGAAAGAUCAUUUACGAGCAGCCUUUUAGCUUUUCGAUAUCGAUGGAAAUGGUACCAUUUCUAGAUCAGAAAUACAGGAAAUAUUCGGAGGAAUUCAAAUUGAUAAUAAUGCUUGGUAAGAAAUAUUAAUAUCCUGUGAUGACAAUAAGGAUGGAUUAAUUGAAGAGAACGAAUUUAUUGCAUUAUUAGAAAAUUUAUAAUGA